AUGAUGAAUCUUUACGAUUUGUUGGGUAACGACGUCUCCGAUGAGGAGAAAGCGUUUGUUCCACCAAAGGAGGUCGUGAAGCCUUUAACUUCCACCAAGAAGUCUGGUGUUCCACCUAAGGCCGACGAGUCUAAGGCAAGAAAGAGGCGACCAAAGAUGACUGGUAAUGAGGCUGGUCUCAAGAUUUCCAACGAGAACCAUGCAGUUGAAGGUCCAAAAACCACCCAGAGAAAGGAUGCCAAGAGCAAGCAAGGUGACAAACAUUCUAAGACCGGAAAAACCGAGACUACUAAAUCCCAACUUACUAAGCUCGGCGGCGAGGCUGUCUCCCAGGUUGAAGGUGAAGAAGACGCUGUGAAAGAAAGGGAUGAAGAUAAACCGGAGGAGGAAGAUACCACAAAGUACAGAGGUUUCGAAGACUAUUUCAAGGAACUGAAGUUGCAACGUGAGUCUCUUGCUGCUCAUCCUAAGACGCAAGUCAAGCCAUCGGAGGAGGUUUCCAAUGCUGAGCUGGUUGUGAAGGAGAUGGAAGUUUUGGUCGCUCCAACUGUCACUAAGAAGGUUAAGAGCAAAGCCAAGAAGGAGAAGAAGUUUUUGGAUGUUGAAAUCACUAUUGCUUCCGAGGGUCAUGACAGCACAUUCAGAGGUGAGAGUAGAGGUGGAAGAGGUGGAAGAGGUGGUAGAGGUGGUAGAGGUGGCAGAGAUGGAAGAGGUGACCAUGCUCCAAGAGGUGAUGGAUCCUUCAGGGGUGACAGAACUUUCAGAGGUGACAGAGGUGACAGAGGUGACAGAGGUGACAGAACUUUCAGAGGCGAUAGAGGCUCUAGAGGUGGAAGAGGAUCAAGAGGUUCUAGAGGCGGCAGAUCAUUUAGAGGUGACAGAGCCCCAAGAGGUGACAGAGCACCAAGAGGUGACAGAGCACCAAGAGGUGACAAGAAGUCUACCUCUUCAGUCAAUAAGUUGAGUGACGAGAACUUCCCUGCACUAUGA